GUAGUAUCCAAAGACUAGGUUAAGAGUAUCUACAGUUGUAUAUUUCCCAACUCCAUUCCUAUAUAGAGGGAAACGAAAGGAGGGGAGGAGUGAAGAUUGACGGAUUAGGGAAGGAACAAUGGAGGGUGAGCUCAAAAAUUUCAUCAGUGUAAUCAUUAUGGGAUUUAUAUCCAUGUACUACUGUUACUACAUUGCAGCAAAGAUCCCACAGGGCUUGCCAAGGCUCAUCUCCCUCCUCCCUGUCAUAACUUUGUUCUCUGUCCUCCCCUUGAACAUUCACAGCUUCCAUAUAGGUACUCCCGUAGUGUUUAUCCUUGCUUGGAUUACCAAUUUCAAGCUUCUCUUGCUAGCCUUCGAGCAAGGCCCCUUGUCACCACCUCCUCCUGGAGCUCAUCUUUUCAUCCUGACAGCUUGUUCCCCAUUCAGGAUCAAACAAUCCCAACCCAAAACCAAGAGGACUACUGGUCCGAAUGUUGUAUCAGAGGCUGCAAACAAGGCUGCACUUCUAGCAUUGCUGUUUCAUUGUUAUAACUACAGACAAUGCUUUCCCAGACAGGUUUUGUUGAUCCUUUACUUCUUCCAUACUUACCUUACGAUACAGUUGUUCCUGGCUUUGGCUGCAAUCCCAGCUCUAAUCCUCCUCGGUGUAGAGCUCGAGCCACAGUUCAACGCACCUCUCCUGGCCACUUCGUUGCAGGACUUCUGGGGUCGUAGGUGGAACCUGAGGGUCUCUGACACUCUACGUCCAACCGUAUACAGCCCUAUCCGCAGUGUUUCUACUCGUAUAAUCGGACCUCGAUGGGCCUCGUUACCUGCUGUCUUUGCAACGUUUCUCACUUCGGGUUUGAUGCACGAGCUCAUUUACUAUCACAUAACUCGUGAGUUUCCCACCUGGGAAGUAACUUGGUUCUUCGUCCUGCAAGGGAUCUUCGUUGAUAUAGAGAUUGUACUGAAGAAGAAGCUCCUGUUUCGACUUCACAGAUCGGUUUCAGGACCACUAGCGUUGGCAAAUCUGGCAGUGACUGCUGGCUGGUUAUCUUACAGACAACUCCUGAGAAAUGGGGUAGAUGAAAAGGUCAUUAAUGAAUUCAAUGCGUUCCUGGAGUUUCUAAAAAGGUUCAGCAUGAUUUAGGACAAUCUGAAACUGUCAUUUGGGUUAUGAUAGUAGACGUUUGCUUCCAUAUUAGCUUAGUAACGUUCUUCCCUUUCUGGGAAUUAACAUCGACAAGUCUUUUUAGUCAUUUUUUAUCUUUUUUUACCAUAAAAACUGUUUGUAGAGUCAAAGGCCGGUUAACUCAUUAAAGCCUUUAAAGAAUUUAAUGAGUUGAAUGACCUUAACGAGCUUUAUUCUUCUCGUAUUAAAGUCAUAAAGAGUUCUGUGAAGGUGAAACCUCAUUAACGUCUUUAAAAGUUUAUCUGCUGUAAGGAAUAUAAUGAUCAGUUUAAUAUCCUUAACGAGUUUUAUAUAAGAGAAAAGAUGAGAUGAUCAAGAAGAUCAGUCACUGUUAAA